ACAUUUAAGUAAACAAAAAAAAGUUCCUUUUUUUUUGUCAAAAACACACAAACUAGCCGGUACUCAGUACUCAGUACUCAUACACUCCCUCCCAUAAAGCUUUCAUCUUUCCCUACAAAACCCACUCCCCUCAUUCCUUCUCUCUCAAAAACACCUCACUCACGCUCAAUCAUUUCACCAUUUUCUAGACCAAUUCAGAGUUUUCUAGAGAGAGAAACUAGGGAGAGAAAAUGGAGGGGAAAGAAGAGGAUGUAAGACUAGGAGCAAACAAGUACUCAGAAAGGCAACCAUUGGGAACAUCAGCACAGUCAAAAGACUACAAAGAGGCACCACCAGCACCAUUGUUUGAGCCAGGAGAGCUGCAAUCAUGGUCUUUUUGGAGGGCUGGAAUUGCUGAGUUUAUGGCAACUUUCUUGUUCCUUUACAUAACUAUUUUAACUGUCAUGGGUGUUAAAAGAGCUCCCAAUAUGUGUGCUUCUGUUGGUAUUCAAGGCAUUGCUUGGGCUUUUGGUGGUAUGAUCUUUGCUCUUGUUUACUGCACUGCUGGUAUUUCAGGUGGUCACAUAAAUCCAGCAGUAACAUUUGGACUGUUAUUAGCAAGGAAACUGUCCUUAACAAGGGCAAUGUUUUACAUGAUAAUGCAAUGUUUAGGAGCCAUAUGUGGUGCUGGUGUGGUAAAAGGUUUCCAACCAAACAUAUAUGAAAUGCAAGGUGGUGGUGCCAAUGUGGUUAACCAUGGUUACACCAAAGGUGAUGGUCUUGGUGCUGAGAUUAUUGGUACCUUUGUCCUUGUCUACACUGUUUUCUCUGCUACUGAUGCUAAGAGGAGUGCUAGAGACUCCCAUGUUCCUAUAUUGGCGCCACUGCCUAUCGGAUUUGCGGUGUUCCUGGUUCACUUGGCCACCAUCCCCAUCACAGGUACCGGAAUCAACCCAGCCAGGAGUCUGGGUGCUGCUAUUAUCUUCAACAAGGACCAUGCUUGGGAUCAUCAUUGGAUUUUCUGGGUUGGACCUUUCAUUGGAGCUGCUUUAGCUGCAUUAUACCACCAGACUGUGAUCAGGGCUAUUCCAUUCAAGUCUCGAUCUUAAAAGACCCAUGUUUCCAGACUGUCUGAUGCUGUUUAUGCUUGUGUUUUAAGUCUGAAGUAUUAUUUAAGUUUUAAGUUCUGAUGUUUUGUAGUGAAGUUUGUAUGAGGAUUGAGGAUGUGCAUAUGUUAACUUGAUUUAUUAUGCUUAGCUUCUAAAUAUGGAAUUCGACAUAACCUUCGGGCGUGCUUUCGUCCAUGUA